AUGGAAGUUGAAUUACAUUAAUAAAUCCCUCCAUAACUUAAUGUUUAAGUAGCAAUUAGAGUUAGACCCUUCAAUGAAAAGGAAUUGAAAUAGAAAGAAGGUGUAUGUUUGGAAACAUCUGAAAAAUAAGUAACCCUUUUACAAAGUGCUCGUUUAUUUACAUUUGAUUAUGUUUUUGACUAAAAUGCAUCUCAAGACUUAGUUUAUAGAAAGUAUAAUAAAUGAUAAUUAUGAUAAAAGGUGUGUGAGUAAUUUGGUUUAGAGAUGUUUUGAAGGUUAUAAUAGUACAAUUCUUGCUUAUGGUUAGACAGGUUCAGGGAAAACACAUACAAUGGGUACAACAGGAAUAGAUCAAUAGACAAGUAUAGUAAAUAAUUAUUGAAGAUAAAAUAAACAUGGGAAUGAUUCCAAGAGUAAUUACAUAAAUUUUUGAAGAGAUUGAAAAAAUAGAAUAAGAAAUUUUGAUUUCUUGUUCAUAUUUGGAAUUAUAUAACGAAUAAAUAAUUGAUCUCUUGUUAGAAACAUCAAUAUCUAGUUAGCCUACAAUAAGAGAGGAAAAAGACCGUACAAUAACGAUAUUAAAUUUAACUACAAUAUUAGUAAAUAAUCCAAAUGAAAUGCUUUAAGUAUUAAAUAGAGGAGCUGCUCAUCGUACAACAGCAGCAACAUAAAUGAAUAUGACAAGUUCUAGAUCACAUGCAAUUUUUACAAUCUAUUUUAAAAUAAAUCCUAAGGAUGAUUCUGAAGAUGGAACUUUGAAUGCUAAAUUUCAUUUUGUAGAUCUAGCAGGAAGUGAAAGAUUAAAGAAGACUUUGGCAUAAGGGAAAACAAUGGAAGAAGGAAUCAAUAUAAAUUAGAGUCUUUUAGUAUUGGGUAAUGUAAUAAAGACAUUGAGUGAUUAGAAAAAGAAGAGUCAAACUCAUAUUCCAUAUAGAGAAAGUAAAUUAACGAGGUAUUUAUAUAUUGAAUAAUAAUAAUAAUAGAAUAUUAUAAGAUUCUUUGGGAGGUAAUUCAAAUACAUGCAUGAUAGCUUGUGUGUCUCCUGCAGAAAGUAAUUAUGAAGAAACUUUGAAUACACUUAAAUAUGCUUCAAGAGCUAGAGAAAUUUAAAAUAAACCUACUUAAAAUAGAGUAUAUAUAUUUAAGUAUACAAUUAUUAGGAUCCUCAUACUAUUUAAAUCAUGGGUUUGAAAUAAGAAAUAGCAUCUUUGCUUGAAUAAAAUAAAUAAUUUUAAGAUCUCCUUUCAGUAAAUGGAAUUAAAUUUGAUUAAGUAAAGAGAGUUUCUGUUUCUCAGUAUUCAUCAAAUAUUCCUCAUACAUGUGAGGAACAUAUAGAAAUAAUCUAAAAAUAGAAAUAAGCAUUACUUGUUUGGGAUCGUCUAAGUUCUUAACAUAAAUAGGAGGUUUAAAAAUUAUAAUCAUAAAUAAAUGAUUUAGAAAUAGAAUUACAUAAUUUGAAAAAGAAAAAGGAUAUUAUUUUUAAACAAUUUUCAGAUGCAAAAAAGUAAAUCAAAUUUUUAUGUUAGAAUACUUCAAAAAUUUAGUAUACCAUUUACUAAUUAUGAUGAAGAUGAUGAAAUUGAAGAUUUGUAUGAUGAAGUUGAUAAAUUAAGAUAGGAAUCAAAAGAAAAAGAUUAUAAAAUUUUAACUAUGUAAAAAGAAAUAGAUGAACUUUUAUAGGUAGUUUUUAUUUUUUAAAUACUAGGAUAGGAUGCACACAGAGAUCAAUACAUCUUGUGUAAAAAAUAGAAAGAAUUAAUGAUUCUGUAAAGGAAACUUGAAAAAUUAGAAACUAAAGAUAAUUUUGAAUCUCCAGCUUAAGAUUCAGAAAGUGAGGAGGAAGUCAUUUGUAAUGAUUCUAUGAUUAAAGAGACUAAUUUAUAAAUUGAAGAAUUUGAAAGUAACCUUUAGGUUAUGACAAUAAGAAAUUUCGAACUUAAAAGGCAAUUAGCUGAAGAUAUGAAAAAAGAAUUUUAAUAACAAAUUUCUGUUUUAGAAGCAUAAAAAACAUCACUUAUGAAAUAAGUUAAUUAAAAAUAAGAUGCUACUUAAUUGAAUAAUUUAAAAAUUAAAUUAUAAGAGUAUGAAUCUAAAAUUGCUGAAAUGAGAUAGAAGGAAUAAAAUAUGAGAUAAAUGUAAAAGAGAUUGGAAGAGUAGGAAAAUUAGGUUAAAGAUUUAAAAGUUAACAUAGAAAAAAUGAAAAAAUAAAAAGUAGAAUUGAUAAAGAAAAUGAAAUAAGAUAAUGAAAAGUAUAUUAAAGAUAAGGAGGAAAAAUAAAAAGAAUUGAUUUUAAUUAAAAAGCUUAAAAUCUAACAAGAUGCUGCAUUGAGUAAAUUGAAAAAUGAAAAUUGUAAAAAAGAAGUACUUCUUAGGAGAAAAGAGGAUGAAAUAUUAAAAUAAAGAAAUGAGAAAGUAAUAGAUAAGGGGACAGCACAUUCAUUUAAAAAAUCUUAGAAAGUUUAAGCUUAUGAUUAGAUGGAAAAAUAGAUAGAAUCUUUAUUUUCAUAAAUGAUAUGUGGAGGAUAGGCAGAAUUAUAAAUAAAAAGAGAAAUUAUAAAGUUAGAAUAAUUAUAGGAAGAACUUAACUAAAUUGAACAGAAAAUUUGUUUAUUAUAAAUUAAAAGGGAACAAAUAUCAUAUGACUAGAAUAAUAGAAAUAGUUUAAAUUAAAUAGAAUUGGAAUUGAGUGAUAUAAUAAUAAUAAGAGAAAACAUAAAUGAGACUAUAGAUUAUUAAUUACAUAAAAUAGAGUAAUUAAGAAAGAGUUGCAAUAAUUGUAAUGAAAUUUAUACAAAUUUUUUAACAAAUUCUGAACUAAGAGAACUACCAAAUUGGUGUAUAAGAUCAUUUAAAUAUGUGAUUGAUAAUUGGAUAAAAGAUCAUUUAUAAAUGCAGAAUUUUAGUUAAUAAAAUGAAGAAUUUUAGCAGAUAGUAUAAGAAUUACAAUAACAAUUAUAAAAACCAUUAUAAGAGAUUAAUUGUAAUUCUCCAACAUUUAAGAAGAAGAUUGUAAAAUAGCAAGUAACUUCUUAACCUAGUGAUGCUUUGGAACUUAGAAAACAAUUAAACGAUUAGAAAAGAAAGUAUUAGUUUUUAUAAAAUGAAAAUAAAAAUAUGAUAUCUGAUUUGGAUUACUAUAAGAAGUUCUAUACAGAGCAUAUAAAUAAAGUUUAGAAAGAUAAAUGUAUAGGUUUAAGUGAUUAAGUUUAACUUCCACAGAGUUAAAGUUAUCAAUAAAUAAGAGAUGCAUAUAAGUUAGAAAGAACAAAAUAAAAGGAGUUAUCAUUAAAUUUAAGUUUUUAAAAGCCAUAUAUAUAAAAUUCAGCUUUUAAAGUAGCAAAAGGAUGUAAAUCAGAGAGAGAGGGAUAUACAGAUUAAUUUAGUUAAGCAUAAGAAGAAUAAGAAUUAAGAUAUGAGUAAUAAAUAAUAAUAAUAAUAAAAAUAGUAUAAUAAAAUCGAUACCUGGUCAUGAGAAUCCAAUAUUAUGUGUAUAUACAAUGUAAAAUCUGUUAUGUUCAAGUGCAUUUAGAUCUGUAAAGAUAUGGGAUAUGGAUGCAUAAAGUCAUAUAAUAUCUUUGGAUGCAAAUACCCAUGUAAAAUCAAUUUGUCAUUGGCCAGAGAGAAAUGCAAUAGCAGUAUCUCAUGGUUCUUAAAUAUCUUUGUAUGAUGUGACUUCAUUUUAAUUACAGAGUGUUUUAAAAUCAUCAAUUGAAGAAAUAAGAGUAAUGACUCGACAUAAUGGUUUAUUAGUAGCAGGAGGUAAAGGAAUUAAUUAUGCAAUGAAUGUUUGGGAUGCAAGAUCAAAUAAGUAUAAUAAGUAUUGUAAUAUUUUUUAAGUUAAAUUCAUGAAUUCGAAAAAUCAAGUGAUGUGAUGUGUUUACAAUAGUCUGAUUAAACUUAAGAAUUGAUUUGGGGUACUUUCAAUCAUAAUGUGAGAAAAAUGAUGAUUAAUAGUAAUAAAUAUGGUUAGAUUGCUUAAAUGACUCCUCCUCAUUAUGAUAAAGUUACUGGAGUUGGUUUAUUAGAUAAUUGGAUCGUUAGUUGUUCAUUUGGUAAAGGAUUGAGAAUGUGGAAUUAAGUUAAUGGAUAAUAAGGGUAAGCUAAUUCUGAUAUUCAUAAAGAUUCAAUAUUGACUAUGGCUAGUAUUAUAUAUUUAUUAUAUAUUUUUAGUUGACAAAAAUCUUAAAGUCAUGUAUACAGGAUGUAAAGAUGGAUAAAUUAAGGCUUCAAGAAUCAGCGAAAAUAAAUUUUAUCUUGUUAGUGAUAUUAGUGCAUCUGUGUAAUAAAUUAAUUCUCUUAAUAUUAUCAAUGAUACCUCACUUAUUGUUAGUGGUGGACAAGAUAGAAUGAUUAAAAUAUGGAAACCUUCUAAAUUUACUUAUGAUUACUUAAAAUAGUUUACUCCUAACAUUGGAGAUUUCAUUAUUGAAGAAGAACAAUACAUGUUUAGUUGA